AUAUAUUCGUAUCCAGAUAUCCACGCUUGCCGAUCGUCAAACCGAUAAGUCGUUUUGUGUGCGUCCACAUGGUCGAAUCAGACAGCGGUAUCUUGAAUCGUCUCAUAAAUGCUGCAGUCCGAGGUAAGUCAGCCCGAGGCAGGACUCGGAGGAGAAGGCAGAACAUUGGUUGUGUGCAGUUCAAACACUCCCGUUGAUUUUGUUUUGAGAUCAUGCCUACAGCCCAUACUCCCACUUUCGCGUCGGAGCUGCCCUCCUUGCGGAAGAUGGUGAGAUCGUUGGUGGAUGUAGCGUUGAUAAUGCGUCCUAUGGCGCCACCGUCUGCGCUGAACGGACGGCCAUAGUCAAAGCAGUGAGCGAAGGCAGACACUCAUUCCUCGGGCUGGUCGUGACUAGCGAUGUGGACUACUCGAUCUCACCCUGCGGCCUCUGCCGCCAAGUUCUCCGCGAGUUCUGUCCAAAGGACAUGCCCGUCUACCUUGUCCCGUCUUCGUAUAUUCCGACACCGAGUCAAAGUACAACUUCUUCGACGGAGUCCUCGGGGGCACCUGAGACGCUGCGUGGUGUAAAAAUCACCUCUAUGGGAAUGCUCCUGCCCGAUAGCUUUGGUCCAGGGUCGGAGGAGAUGAAGAGGGAGUUCGAGGAGGUUUCUACUACGCAGGCACGGUCAUGUUAAGUAUGGCACGGAGUGCGGCGUGACACACUGGCACUGGAACUUUGCGUCUUAUAUACCCAUAUGGCAUCCUCAAAAAUAUCGUGUACCUAGAAUGGUCAAGCUACACAGGAAUGCGACUCGUCUCAGAUUCGAACUGGGAAACCUCUGUCUAUAUCCAGCCCUAUGAACAAUGAUCAUAUUCGACAGACGCGUAACCGGCUACGCCAACGAGCCUUGCCUAACAUGUAAACGCCCUUUGAACGUCCUCGCAAUGAAUGAGCCCAAUGGCUUGGCCAAUUCAAAUCCCACUUUGCGUUAUGGUCCGCCGACGGCAUCCGCGAUGACGCGUUCACGCACGACACCUCGGGCCUCCUCACCCUCGGCCUCAUUCAAAUUUCGCGAUGUUGUUGUUUCGCUUUGAAAGAGACCUGCAUCUCAUUGUCCGACCAUGUCCGACUCACCCAUCUUGACGUCCGAAUCUCCAGGAAAAUCCGCCCUCAUCCUAGGCGCAACAGGCGCAGUAGGCCGUCACCUCCUCCGCGAACUCAUCUCGACUCCACAUUUCACUCGUGUCGGCGAGUUUGGGAGACGGGUCACGGCGCUGGAUAGUCCGUAUGUGCCGCAGAUCCCGGAAGUGAAGGAGAAGUUGAAACAGGGGGUAGUCGAUUUUGAGAAGUUGAGCGAGGAGGGUGAGGGGAAGAAGUUGAAGGAGGGCGGCUGGGAUGUUGUGUUCAUUACUAUGGGAACGACAAGAAAGGCAGCUGGAUCUUUUGAGAUGUUCUAUAAGAUAGACAGAGAGUAUGUUGUCAACGCCGCCAGAGCAGCCAGAACAUCUUCACCCACACAAAGACUCGUGUAUCUCUCCUCCGGCGGCUCUUCAGCCACAUCUCCCUUCCCCUACCUCCGCUCCAAAGGCCUCACGGAACAAGAACUGGUAUCCAUCGGAUAUCCAGAUACAAUCAUAUUCAGACCGGGAGCGUUGGCGGGUGCAGAUAGAAGUGGUGAACCGAGGCUUCCUGAAAAAGUUGCAGUGCACGUAACGAACUUCCUCUCCCUAUUCACAGAUAGCUUGCAGAUCCAAGUCUCGGCACUGGGGAAGGCGAUGCGCAUCGCGGGGCAGUUUGGAACGGCUGGGUUACCGGCGUCGGCGCAGGCGAGUAAGGAAACGUUCGAGGGGAAGAUGUUCACGGGUAUUGGGAACAUUGGGGCGUUGGGACUGGCGAAGGAAGAGUUGUAGCCUUUGCUGGGAGGAAGUAUGGGGUGUUAUGAGGAGCGUACUCUGGGUUCUUUGUUAUGUUGUUCGAGUUAUUGAUCUUGUUAGUACUUUAUUGGUUUU